AUGGAAAGAGCAACAUUGGACAAUAGUUGCGAGGAAGUUGCAGAGCUGCAGGAGCAGCAAGCGACAACGUCGGGCGCAUUCCCUGAAAGGCGCAUGGGCGUCGUGGAAGAACCACCAAAGGACGGGGAAGUGUCACCGGUAUUGCCUCGGAGGUUGCCUUCCUAUCUGGAGGUAAGAAGGAAGCGUAUCGAGCUUCAAAAGAAGGAGCUCAAGCUGGAAAACUCUCGGAAGGAGUAUGAGCUUGAAAGGGCUCGGAAGGAGCUGGAGAUCGAGCUGCGUGAGAUCGAGCUCGAAGAAGAUAUUUCCGACGCAAGCAGCCAGGUGAGUGCUUACGUAGCAAAAUCCGAAGCUUGGUUGCGAGAUACGAGUCGCUUCGGAACGACGCCACCGGCUCGUUACUAUGGCGACAAUCAUCGAAAUGGCGGUGCGGGUCACCCACCUUCGACCCCAACCGCGACCGCGGGUGCGUGGGCAUCACGCAUUGCCCCAGCGCCGCUGCGGUACGAUGGCAGGAUGGCGGAAGACGCUAAAGGUCAUCAACCCUUGACCCCUGCAACAACCCGAUGUCCACCGGAGUACGAUCGUACGUGGGCUGCGGACCAAGCAGCCGCACAAGAACGUGAGUAUGCUGAGUGGAGGCGUGCGGUGGAGGAUUCCAUAAGGGUCCACCGUGAAAACAAGCUUGGGCAGCUUUACAAGCUUGAAGAGAAGACGGCUGCCAAUUCGACAAUGGAGUCGAAACCAGUGUUGAAGGGCCGCGUGAUGCCGUUGACACCAAGUCAAGAAGCAGCGCGCAAGGCUAUCCCGAAGGAGCUUCCGGUGUUUUCGGGAGAUGUUGAGCAGUGGCCGUUGUUUAUCGCGACGUACGAGCGAUCUACGAUACUGUGUGGGUUUAGCGACGAUGAAAACCUCAUACGGCUUCAACGUGCGCUUCGGGGACCAGCGUUAGAAUCGGUGGACCAUCUUAUGCUGUUACCGGAUGGUUUGGCCGGUGUGAUCGAGAUUCUGCGAACAGAAUAUGGUCGGCCGGAUCUCAUAGUGGAUAGUUUAGUGGAGAAAAUUAGGAGGCUACCAACGGUUCGUAACGAUCGUUUGGAGACGCUUGCCACGUUUGGCAAAAUGGUGCGAAAAAUGUGUGCAACGAUAGAGGCUUCCGGGUUGCAUGAUUACGACUGCAAUGUGACGCUACUAAGGGAGUUGGUAGCGAAGCUUCCCGCUGAACGGAGCUUGGAAUGGGCUCGUUAUAAAAUCAAAUUGUCGCGGGAAACAAUUAAGGAAUUCGACAAAUGGUUUUAUGAGAUUGCGGUGGCUGCGAGUGCCGCCUCGAAAACCAUUGAGCGAGCGACACGACCCGACGUGUCCCGAUCACUACCGUUUGUGAAUGGAGUAAGGAAGGCUCCCGCGCACGUAAACGUUCACAGCACUGCGAAAAGAACGCCCUGUGCCUUGUGCCACGACUUCUGCCGCACGUUGGCUGAUUGCGCACGUUUUAUGGAACUGUCGGUGCCGGAGAGGCGAUCGCACAUUCAGGGGCGUAGACUAUGCGAUACGUGUUUAGGAGCACAUAGGGGCACUUGUUUCGUCAGAACGCGCUGUGGGACUGACGGUUGCCGGGAGACGCAUCACAGAUUGUUGCACAACACGGAACAAAAACCACACAGGAACACGCACUCACUGAACUCUCACAUUGGUAACGAUAAUAACACACUUUUUCGAUACGUUCCAGUUGUACUGCACGGCGAGAAAACCGACAUAAAGACGUUCGCGUUUAUAGAUGAGGGAUCCUCGGCCACCUUCAUUGAUUGUAGACUGAUCGAAGAAUUGGGCAUUGAAAGCAAGUCAAACCCCUUAUGUUUGAAGUGGACGGACGAUACCGUGCGGAACGAAUCCGAUUCAAGAGAGGUCCAGCUGCGGAUAUCAGGCGCGCAUCAGGGAGCAGUGGUGUUUAACAUACGAAAGGCGCACACCUUGCAGGACCUGACGUUACCGGCGCAGACGCUACCGAUCGCGAAGUUGGUGGGGCUUUAUCCGUACCUAAAAGGACUCCCCAUUGCAUCCUAUACUAAUGUGGUACCGCGUGUUCUGAUCGGCAUCAACAAUAUUCACCUGGGUAAGCCGUUACGAUGUGUGGAAGGUAAUUUCAACGAACCAAUCGCCGCCAAGACCAGACUGGGAUGGACAGUGUUUGGUCCAUGCCGCAUACCGACAUCCUCGAGCGCCACGACAUACCAUAACUUUCACCUAUGUGUCUGUAAUGAUAAAAGUGAUCAGAACCUAAACAUGGCGCUUACGGAAUACUUCUCUCUGGAGUCCAUCGGGGUCAGCGCUCCGCGUAAACUUAUGCCGAAAGAGGAAGAACGAGCGAACACAAUGUUGAAAACCGGAACGCGCCUACUGGGAGAUCGGUACGAGACCUGUUUGCUGUGGAAGUAUGACGACGUGCGUCUUCCAUGCAACCGCGAGAUGGCACUCAAACGUCACAUGUGCCUGAAAAGGAAAUGCGAUAAGGACCCGGGAUUAGCUAAGGCAAUUAGCGAAAAGAUGCGUGAGUACGCAAACAAGGGGUACAUUCGACGUGUACCGGAAGAGGAGAUCGUAGAAAGGAAGGAAAGGGACUGGUAUUUACCAAUUUUCCCAGUUUACAACCCGAACAAGCCCGGAAAGCUGCGUAUGGUGUUUGACGCUGCUGCACAGGUACACGGGGUGAGCCUGAAUACGUUCCUACUAGCCGGUCCGGACCAACUAGUGGGGCUGGUACAGGUGUUAUAUAAGUUCCGGGAGAAUCGAAUCGCCGUAACGGGAGAUAUCCGCGAAAUGUUCUUCCAGGUAAGAAUGAACCCCGCGGACCAACGAAGUCAACUGGUGUUCUGGGAUGAUGGCAGCAAGCGGAAUGGUGAACCUAGCGUGUACGCCGUUUCUGUGAUGACCUUUGGUGCAGCUUGCUCGCCUGCUGGGGCACACUUCGUUAAGAACCUAAAUGCGGAGAGGUUCGCUGACCGUUUUCCACGAGCAGCGGAAUGCAUUAAAUUCGAGCAUUAUGUGGACGAUAUGCUGGCCAGCGUCGAAACCGUGGAGGAGGCAGUUACCCUGGCGGAAGACGUACGAUACGUCCAUUCGCAGGGCGGGUUCGAGAUCCGGAACUGGCUCUCUAAUGCCAAGGAGGUCGUGCAUAAGCUCCGGUGGGGAGCUAACAACAAAAUGUGUGUGGACAUGAGUGCAGGACAAGGUACCGAGAAGGUUCUGGGUAUGUGGUGGAAUACCGAGAGUGAUGUGUUUACCUUCCGUAUAAAUCCGCGCAUCGAUGAGAAGCUGCUAACGGGUGGUAGACUCCCGACAAGACGCGAAGUGUUGAGCAUCCUGAUGAUGAUUUACGACCCUCUAGGACUUAUUGGCCAUUUCUUAAUGUUCCUUAAGAUACUCUUGCAGGACCUGUGGAGAUCCGGAAUCCAUUGGGACAAAACCGUUGAAGGAGAAGCUGCAAAGAAAUGGUUAAGGUGGACUGGGUUACUACCGGAACUAGAGAAGCUGGCGAUAAGGAGAUGCUAUCGGAACAUAACAUCAUCAGAUGUUCCAUGCGUGCAAUUGCAUGUAUUUACCGAUGCGAGUCAAAACGGGAUGGCCGCAGUUGCUUACCUCCGUUUCGAGGAAAACAACACAGUGGAGUGCGCGCUGAUCGGUUCAAAAACACGUGUGGCCCCACUGAAGCUUCUGUCGAUACCGCGUCUGGAGCUUCAAGCAGCCGUGAUUGGAGCGCGUUUUGCGGACCACAUCGCGAAAACACAUCGAUUGAGGAUCAGCAAGAGGGUUUUCUGGACGGACUCUCGAAACGUCGUGAGCUGGAUAAGGUCGGACCACAGGCGUUACACUCCCUUUGUCGCCUUCCGGGUGAGCGAACUUUUGGAACUAACCAGUGUUAACGAUUGGCGAUGGCUCUCUACUAAGGUUAACGUAGCGGACGACGGAACGAAGUGGCAAGGAGACCCUGGUCUGACAUCAUCCAGCAGAUGGUUCCGUGGUCCAGAGUUCCUGUGGGAAGCAGAAGAGAAAUGGCCUAUAAACAAAGAUAACCCAGGCGAGUCAACGGAGGAAAUACGCAAGAGCGUAUUGCACCUUUCCGUAAUCCGUAAUGCGGUGGUCAACUUCUCUCGGUUUUCACGAUGGAAGAAGUUGUUGAGGACGGUGGGCUACAUUCACCGAUACGCUGGCAACCUUCGUCGACGAGCUAGGCGAGCUGAUAAGGUUGUAGGACCACUGACGCAGGAGGAACUACUGGCGGCUGAGCGGUCACUAUACACCUGGGUGCAGUUGGAUGGGUUCGCUGGCGAUAUCAAACGGCUGAAAAGUGACGUGAAGAAGAAGCAUCCCUGGAAGAAGGUGGUAAAACGAGACAGCGUACUGUUCAAGUUAUCACCAGAAAUAGACGGAGAAGGUGUAUUAAGGAUGCAGGGACGAUUAGACAAUCGUUCAACGCUAGGUGCUUCGCUGGGGAAGCCCGUUAUCUUACCUAGACGACACCCGGUCACGGAUCUGAUUAUUAAGGACUUCCAUGAGCGAUAUUGUCAUCAGAGCCAUGGAACGGUGGUGAGCCAACUCCGAUCGCGGUACUAUAUACCGAAGAUUUUGGUGGAGUUCAAUCGGGUUAGGCGCGGCUGCCAGAGCUGCAAGAUUAGGAACGCUGUACCUAAUCCACCCCUGAUGGGGAACAUUCCCCGGCAGAGAAUUGCGGUGAACCAGCGAGCGUUCACAUACACCGGGCUGGAUUAUUUCGGACCAAUACUCGUGGUCGUGGGACGACAUUCCGAGAAGCGCUGGGGAGCGCUAUUCACUUGCCUCACGACAAGAGCCAUUCACCUCGAAUUGGCAUACGCACUAACGACUGCUUCAUGUAUUUUAGCGAUCCGUCGAUUUAUCGCCAGAAGAGGCCCUCCUAGGGAAAUAAUCAGCGAUCGGGGCACUAAUUUCGUGGGUGCGGCGAGAGAACUCAACAUCGCCCUGAAGGAUGUGGACGAAGACGCUCUUAAAACGAGAUUCAGCGGGCCAGUGCUGAAGUGGAGAUUCAACCCGCCGGCAGCACCUCAUUUCGGCGGCACUUGGGAGCGUCUUGUGCAAUCGGUAAAGAAGAUACUGUGCAGUUUCAAUUUACCGCGUCUACCAACAGAUGAGAUAUUGAUGUCAACGUUAACGGAGGUGGAAAUGAUGAUCAACUCAAGGCCACUUACCUACGUGCCGCUCGACGAGGAAUGGGACUGUCCAAUAACGCCGAACCACCUGCUACUAGGAAGCUCUGACGGGAGCAAACAAGCCGUUUGUUUGGACGACUCACCGACAGCGAUACGGACGUCGUGGGGUGCCCUGCAAGUGAACGCGGAUAUAUUCUGGAAGCGGUGGAUUGCAGACUACCUACCAACGCUCACCCGCAGGACGAAAUGGUUCCACCCGGUGCCACCGAUUAAAGAGGGAGACGUGGUGGUGGUCGUGGAUGGGAACCUGCCUCGGAACACUUGGCCGAUGGGACGUGUGCUAGAAGUGACCCGUGCGAAGGAUGGCCAGGUUAGGCGAGCGAAAGUGCGAACGGCAAGCGGGAUUUUAGAAAGACCGGCAACGAAAUUAGCGGUGCUAGAUAUUGUAGGGAGCAGUUAA